CAAGCCUGCGGCAAUCCUCGAAUGUAGCUUCCGGUUUACUACUUUCUGGUUGCUUGCGCCCAGCGAACAGCUCAUUCUUUCCUUUCUCGACCAACUACACCAUUAGGACACAUCCUGCUUCCUUUGAACAAGCCACGACGAGCUCUCUGUCUCUCUCUGUCUCUCUCUCUCUUAGCGUUUGGUAUGAGAACUAGUUCGUUGCCAUGAUGAUGUAGCCAGCGAUUUGGUGGUGGUUCCUCACAUUUGUGUACGUUCUCAGGCCAGAAGAAGCGGCAGCAAUGGAGGGCACGCAAUGGAAGGGAUCGGUCCACAGGAUCAGGAAGUGCGUGGUGGAUCUCCUGUCGAUGGAGGACGAUCUGGUGGACGACGACGACGAGGAUGCGUGGGAGCUGAUGGGUAGCGACCUUCGCCUCAAGUCUACCUUCUUGUACUGUGAUCUCAACCAGGUGAUCUCCCACGCUAGAGAAGAGCGGAAGAAGGUUCUCACCGACCUCGCCAACAAGCUCUUCUACUACAUGGAGCAGCUGGAUCAUGCUGUCAGGAUCCGGAGCAUGUCUUUGACGCAGGUCUGCUACAACGACACAGCCAAUGUGUUACAGGAGGUGAUGGCCGCUCUCAUGCCCCUUCGGUAGCUCGAUCACCGAAGGAAGACUGAAGUCCACAUUCUUUCGUCACAAAAAGUUGAAGCUACGCCAUGCACGACCAAAACUGUUGGCCGUUAGCAGUCUCUGCUGCAUGCAUGACUAAAACUUUGGCAGAGUUUUCUUCGUUUCUCAACUUUGUGUACAUUGAAGCCUUCGGAUUAGCACUAAA